UGGCUCUUGUUCUGGGUUCAGGGAGUGGCCAGUGUUCCUUUCAUAACCAGACUUGGAAUAAAUAGUUGCAGUGGACCAGACUGCAAAAUUACUCAGAAAACACCGGACCCAACACGCUGAAAAAAUGCUUUUUCUUUCAGGGCUUGUUGGCGCUCUGCUGGUGCUAACCGCUGAGGCCAGAGUUGGAAACUCAUCUGAAAGCAAAUACUGUAGUGAGACUGCAGAGUGCCUGUUAUAUGAUCUGGUUUGUAAAACUGAUAAAUAUGAGGCCCGGCACUACAGCUCUGUCAAAUGGGUUUCCACUGAAGAGACAGCCUAUGCCAUGGAGUUUGCAGUAUCAAAUGCCUUCCACCGACUGUUCCGGUACAUCAGUGGUGAAAACGAGGAGGGAAUGAAAAUCAAAAUGACAGCUCCUGUUGUUACGAAAAUGCCCGAUAACACAAGCUUUUGGGAGAAGCGUGUCUAUACAAUGAGUUUCUUGCUGCCAUCUGAGCAACAGAAGAAUCCCCCCAUGCCGACCGAUGAUAAGGUGUUCAUCGAUGAAUGGCCAGAAUUGAAUGUAUACGUGCAAGGCUAUGGAGGAUGGAUGACGAGUCUUUCUGACAAAAUGAAAUACAACAGCCUCUCUAGUGCACUUGACACAGCUGGUGAAAAGUACAUCAAAGACUAUCACUUUGCUGUUGGCUACAACAGUCCAAUGAAGUGGUUCAACAGGCACAAUGAGGUGUGGCUGGUUGCUGUGGAUGAGCCUGAGUGUUCCAGCAGUGAGGAACUGGAUUUCUCUUUUCCUUUUUUUGAUUGAAGAUUUUCAAUCCAGUGCAAUCAAAGUUUAUAGCGCCUUGUCUAAGAACAGAUGUUGUAACUAAAUUCAAGUCCCUCAUAAGUGUCACAAACCUAACUUUCCAAUGACACCACAGAUUUGAACUGAAUAGUGUAUGCUUUAUGUGAUGUCUUCUCAGUGGUUUCUGACAGUGUCUGAUAUAUUCAAUAAAGUAACCCCCUUUGCAUCCA